CUAUCUCUCCAUGCAGGAGGGGGAGUAUAUAGAGGAACACAGGGGUCUGUACAAGGACGUGAUGAUGGAGAAUCACCGGCCCCUCACAUCAUUGGUUGGGCCCAGUAACAGAGAUACCCCAGAGAGAUGUCCCCGUCCUCUGUAUUCCCAGGAUUGUACAGAGGAGAAUCACAGGAUCCCACAAGAGGAUAAGGGUGAAGAACUGACUAAUAUUAAGAUAGAAGAUAUAAAGGGAGCAGAAGAGACGUAUGUGACUGAUAUGAAGGCAGAAGAUAUAGAGGGAGAAGAAGAGACGUAUGUGACUGAUAUGAAGGUGGAAGAUAUAGAGGGAGAAGAAGAGACGUAUGUGACUGAUAUGAAGGCAGAAGAUAUAGAGGGAGAAGAAGAGACGUAUGUGACUGAUAUGAAGGCAGAAGAUAUGGAGGGAGAAGAAGAGAUGUAUGUGACUGAUAUGAAGGCAGAAGAUACAGAGGGAGAAGAGACGUAUGUGACUGAUAUGAAGGCAGAAGAUACCGAGGGAGAAAAAGAGACAUAUGUGACUGAUAUGAAGGCAGAAGAUACAGAGGGAGAAGAAGAGACGUAUGAGACUGAUAUGAAGGCAGAAGAUACAGAGGGAGAAGAAGAGACGUAUGUGACUGAUAUGAAGGCAGAAGAUAUAGAGGGAGAAGAGACGUGUGUUACAGAUAUGAAGGCAGAAGAUAUAGAGGGAGAAGAAGAGACGUAUGUGACUGAUAUGAAGGCAGAAGAUACAGAGGGAGAAGAAGAGACGUAUGUGACUGAUAUGAAGGCAGAAGAUAUAGAAGGAGAUAAAGAGACAUAUGUGACUGAUAUAAAGGCAGAAGAUAUAGAGGGAGAAGAGACGUGUGUUACAGAUAUAAAGGCAGAAGAUAUAGAGGGAGAAGAAGAGACGUAUGUGACUGAUAUGAAGGCAGAAGAUAUGGAGGGAGAAGAAGAGAUGUAUGUGACUGAUAUGAAGGCAGAAGGUACCGAGGGAGAAAAAGAGACAUAUGUGACUGAUAUGAAGGCAGAAGAUACAGAAGGAGAAGAAGAGACGUAUGUGACUGAUAUGAAGGCAGAAGAUACCGAGGGAGAAAAAGAGACAUAUGUGACUGAUAUGAAGGCAGAAGAUACAGAGGGAGAAGAAGAGACGUAUGAGACUGAUAUGAAGGCAGAAGAUACAGAGGGAGAAGAAGAGACGUAUGUGACUGAUAUGAAGGCAGAAGAUACAGAGGGAGAAGAAGAGACGUAUGAGACUGAUAUGAAGGCAGAAGAUACAGAGGGAGAAGAAGAGACGUAUGUGACUGAUAUGAAGGCAGAAGAUAUAGAGGGAGAAGAAGAGACGUAUGUGACUGAUAUGAAGGCAGAAAAUACAGAGGGAGAAGAAGAGACGUAUGAGACUGAUAUGAAGGCAGAAGAUACAGAGGGAGAAGAAGAGACGUAUGUGACUGAUAUGAAGGCAGAAGAUACAGAGGGAGAAGAAGAGACGCAUGUGACUGAUAUGAAGGCAGAAGAUAUAGAGGAAGAAGAAGAGAUGUAUGUGACUGAUAUGAGGGCAGAAGAUAUAGAGGGAGAAGAAGAGACGUAUGUGACUGAUAUGAAGGCAGAAGAUAUAGAGGGAGAAGAAGAGACGUAUGUGACUGAUAUGAAGGCAGAAGAUACAGAGGGAGAAGAAGAGACGUAUGUGACUGAUAUGAAGGCAGAAGAUAUAGAGGGAGAAGAAGAGACGUAUGUGACUGAUAUGAAGGCAGAAGAUAUAGAGGGAGAAGAGACGUGUGUUACAGAUAUGAAGGCAGAAGAUAUAGAGGGAGAAGAAGAGACGUAUGUGACUGAUAUGAAGGCAGAAGAUACAGAGGGAGAAGAAGAGACGUAUGUGACUGAUAUGAAGGCAGAAGAUAUAGAGGGAGAUAAAGAGACAUAUGUGACUGAUAUAAAGGCAGAAGAUAUAGAGGGAGAACAAGAGAUCUAUAUGAGGGGUGAUCAGCUGUGUAAGGAGGAGGAAAUCCCUACCAAUAUCAGCACAGCAGAUGGAGGCACAAGCAGGAAGUCCUCAGAGGGAGAUCUCAUCUUGUCUGCAGAUAGUAAAAUAGAAGAUAACACCACACAGGACUCUCCAGGAGACAUCCCCAUUACUCUAAAUAUACAUUCUGUACCUCACAGUGCUGAUCUAUCAUCUGAUCCCUCUAAUCAUGGGGAAUGUUCUCCCGAUAACUCAAAUUUUGCUACACAUAGUGCUGCUCUUACUGGUGAUUCAGUCUUUACCUGUUCUGAAUGUGGUAAAGGUUUAGUAUGUCAGUCAAUGUUUGUUAGACAUCUGAGAAGUCACGCAAGUGAGAAACCAUUUCCAUGCAUGGAGUGUGGAAAAUGUUUUCCACAGAAAUCAAAUCUUGUUAUACAUGAGAGAAGUCACACAGGUGAGAAACCUUAUUCAUGUUCUGAGUGUGGAAAAUGUUUUAGGCACAAAUCAAAUCUUGUUUUACAUGAGAGAAUUCACACAGGAGAGAAACCAUUUAUAUGCUCUAAGUGUGGGAAAUGUUUUACACAGAGAUCAGAUCUUGACAGACAUCAGAGAUGUCACACAGGUGAGAAACCAUUUUUAUGCUCUAAGUGUGGGAAAUGUUUUACACAAAAAUCAGAUGUUGUUAAACAUGAGAGAGGUCACAUAGGUGAGAGUUUUUUCCCAUGUUCUGAGUGUGGAAAAUGUUUUACACACAAAUCAAAUCUUGUUAUACAUGAGAGAAGUCACACAGGUGAGAAACCUUAUUCAUGUUCUGAGUGUGGAAAAUGUUUUAGGCACAAAUCAAAUCUUGUUUUACAUGAGAGAAUUCACACAGGAGAGAAACCAUUUAUAUGCUCUAAGUGUGGGAAAUGUUUUACACAGAGAUCAGAUCUUGACAGACAUCAGAGAUGUCACACAGGUGAGAAACCAUUUUUAUGCUCUAAGUGUGGGAAAUGUUUUACACAAAAAUCAGAUGUUGUUAAACAUGAGAGAGGUCACAUAGGUGAGAGUUUUUUCCCAUGUUCUGAGUGUGGAAAAUGUUUUACACACAAAUCAAAUCUUGUUAUACAUGAGAGAAGUCACACAGGUGAGAAACCUUAUUCAUGUUCUGAGUGUGGAAAAUGUUUUAGGCACAAAUCAAAUCUUGUUUUACAUGAGAGAAUUCACACAGGAGAGAAACCAUUUAUAUGCUCUAAGUGUGGGAAAUGUUUUACACAGAGAUCAGAUCUUGACAGACAUCAGAGAUGUCACACAGGUGAGAAACCAUUUCCAUGUUCUGAGUGUGGGAAAUGUUUUAUACAGAAAUCAGACCUUGUUAGACACGAGAGAAGUCACACAGGUGAGAGUCUAUUUCCAUGUUCUGAGUGUGGGAAAUGUUUUACAAAGAAAUCAGAUCUUGUCAGACAUCAGAGAUUUCACACAGGUGAGAAACCAUUUCCAUGUUCUGAGUGUGGAAAAUGUUUUACACAGAAAUCAGACCUUGUUAGACAUGAGAGAAGUCACACAGGUGAUAAACCAUUUCCAUGUUCUGAGUGUGGGAAAUGUUUUCAACAGAAAUCAGGUCUUGUUCAACAUGAGAGAAGACACAGAGGUGAGAAACCAUUUCCAUGUUCAGUGUGUGGGAAAUGUUUUACGCAGUCAUCACAUCUUGUUAAACAUCAGAGAAGUCACAGGUGAGAGGCCUUUUCCAUGUUCUGUGAGUGGACAACAUAAAAAAAAAUCAUAUCUCUUUAAACGGGAUACGUUCAGCAUGCCGGCAGUCGAAAUCCCGACAUGUUAGGAGUACCAGCAAUUACUUGAAAUGCUGACAGCUGACAUACCAAAUGUAAGUAUGCCAGGGACUGCUAGGGUUAGGAUUAGGCACUACCAGGGAGGGAUAGGCUGCAGAGAAGG